AGCAUGAGCAUCAGAUAACCAAGCAACCAAUGAAACUGGUAGAGCUAGAUGAUAUCGUUUCAGCCUCGCCCAAUUGCAUCAUUUUAAACGACAAAAAGAAAAAAGAAAAUCAGGAGCUUGGGUGAGCAAAAAAUAAAUAACACGACGGGAAAACGUAUUUUUCUUAUCCCUGUUUCUCCCUGCACGCAUCAAUCGUAUUGCAAAGCAAAAGACGACGAUAAAGAGCAUGGAAGCAAUGGCUGAAACAACAAUAACAGAAGAUGUUUAUGAUGAUGCUUACGAGACGAAAGAUGACUCAAAAUCUCCAGUACAAAUAGUAUGGAGAAACGUUAUAUUAAUGUCUCUGUUGCACCUAGGAGCGCUUUAUGGACUAACACUUAUUCCAUCCGCUUCUGUCUCAACCCUCGUAUGGACGGGAGUGUGUUUCAUAAUAAGUGCUCUAGGAGUGACUGCUGGUGCCCAUCGCCUUUGGAGCCACAGGUCCUACAAGGCCUCAGUGCCAUUAAGAAUCUUCCUAGCAGUUGCCAACUCUAUGGCUUUUCAGAACGACAUCUAUGAAUGGGCCAGAGACCAUCGUGUCCACCACAAGUAUUCGGAGACUAACGCAGACCCACACAAUGCCCGAAGAGGAUUCUUCUUCGCUCACAUUGGCUGGCUACUUGUCCGUAAACACCCAGAUGUUAUUGAAAAAGGAAGCAAGCUGGAGCUGAGUGAUCUAAAAGCAGAUGGGGUUGUAAUGUUUCAGAGGAGGCAUUACAAGUUGUCGGUGGUCGUGAUGUGCUUUCUCAUCCCCAUGUUUGUACCUUGGUUCUUUUGGGAAGAGACUCUUUGGGCAGGUUACUUUAUCCCUGGUCUGUUUAGAUACACAGUGGCCCUUAAUGCAACCUGGCUGGUCAACAGUGCAGCCCACAUGUGGGGAAUGAGGCCCUAUGACCACAACAUCAAUCCCAGAGAGAACAAGUGUGUUGCACUCUGUGCCAUUGGUGAAGGAUUCCACAACUAUCAUCACACAUUCCCCCAUGAUUAUGCUGCAAGUGAGUUUGGCAGUCGGCUGAAUGCAACCAAAGCAUUUAUAGAUCUCAUGUGCUUCUUUGGCCUGGCCAAGGAUUGCAGGAAGGUAUCUCACGAGACCAUUAUGGCCCGUGUUAAACGCACCGGUGAUGGCAGCCACAAAAGUGGUUGAUUAGUUCAGUACACAUAAGAAACAAGAAGUUAUAAGCCAAAAUAUACAAACACAUUCACAACAUUUCUUAUUGUGCAAUGAAAAUUGAUAUACAGUAUAUCCUUUCUCAUAUGAAAUAAGAAACUUUAGAGUGCAUUGGACUAAUAUUUCUUCUAAAGAACUCUUUCCUUUUCAUGAUGUGUAUUGGACUGUGGGGGAUUAUUUUGGGUGAUGGUAAAGAGCAUAGAUUGGAAGGAUAAUUAUGUCUUGGUCUGCCUCAAGUGGCAGGAGAGUGUUCUUUACUAGUUAAACAGCCAUGUGUCUCAUUACAGCCCUCUAUCAUGAAUAGGUUGACCCAUGUUUUUUUUUCUGCUGCCUAAAGAGUUACAUGAUUUAUGAAUAUCUUUCCAGCAUACAAUGCAAGCUGCAAAAUUUGGAUGGCAUGCUAUUAAUUUCCUGGAAGUUGUUAACAUUGAGAUGAUAAAAGCUGAUUUCAGUCUGAAACUUUAAGUACAAUGACCACUGAAAGAGUUUGUUUUACAGCUAGCCUAUACGUAGUCAUACAAGUCAGGAAAGCUGCUGUGUUGCAGUGACACUGAAAAUGGUCUUUGAAAUCUAUCUCGAUUUAAUUAAAAGUUGGACUUCAUAUAACUGCUAUGAUUUCUAUUUAUUAGAGUAUGUAACUGUUCUUCAGUGUGGAAAGCAUACAUGAAAAUGUUGUGGACUGUUUAUCUUCUGGCAUUGUUGUUAGAAACAAUGGUAAAACCCUAAAAUUAUGCUGUCAAUGCAAAUGUCAAGGGAGACUUAAUGGGCACAUUUUCAAGGAAUGUUGUUUCACACAUGUACCAGAAAUAAAAUAAAAUUUCUAAAACUGGGACA